AUGCAACCUUCGACGAAGAUGGCGAGGACUUCGGUCCGGCCUGGUGCCACGGAUUUACCUGGUCACGGCUCACUGCCAUCGUCACCUUUUUGGCACUGUAUAGAUGGCGGCCUUUGGUGGCGUCACUACUGCCCUCAAGCGCAUAAGCGGUUCUACUGUGCACAUUCCCAGCCGGCGACCGCCACGCGUGCGGCUCACACCGGCAGUCCUGAGGAACCGCCGCCCCAGGAGCCCGCGAGCAACACUGGCGUCUCCGCGCUUCUUACCGGUUACAAGCGAGCACGGGACAAGUCGGAAGAGGAACCAGUUUGUUGUGCGGGCAAUGGGGAGAGCUGUUUGUACACGCGGUGGCGCGUCCCGAGGUUCUGCGCACGAGUGAACCCUCACAAUAUUGGCAACGCAGAAAAGCCUUCGCAGGAACAGGGGAGCACGGAGAAAGUAUGUUGCAGGGCGGACAGCUGUGCAGGCCUGGCUUUGUUUGACCUUGACGGGACCCUUAUAACAACAAAAAGCGGGAAAAAGUUUCCUCAGGGUGCGACGGACUGGAAGCUGCUUCACCCUCCUCAGAUCCUGCAGAAACUGAAACAGCUUGUAGAGGAGGGAUACCACUUGGUCGUGAUUUCGAACCAACUUGGAGUUCAUAAAGGACAUACAACGCUGGCGUCCCUCACUGAGAAAAGCGACGCGCUUCAGCAGGCGCUAAACGUGCCUCUGACAGUUUGCCUCGCAGUUGCUGACGACCUUUUUCGCAAACCGCGAACAGCUGCAGCGGCGUUCAUCUUUGCUCACCUUCUGCCGCGUCUCCACCAGAUGCAAUGCUGCGUCGGCUCUUCGCAGUGCUGUGCAACCCUGGGCUCUGACGGUGCGUGGACAUUCGCCCGAGAGCGACAGUUGUCACUGCCGUCGGUAUUCUUCGUGGGAGAUGCAGCCGGAAGGUCAGGAGUUUCCAGCAAUGCAGCUGGAGGAGAGAGGCUCACGAGCCAGAGGACCAGAGACGAAAAAGCAAAGGCACCCAAGGACCACAGCGCGGCAGACUUGAAAUUCGCCCUGAACGUAGGAGUGCCCUUCUUUACUCCGGAGCAGUUUUUCCUUGAGCUGGACUCGCCGCCUCCACCUCUUCUUGCGUAUUUGGAGAAGGAGGCUCUCCCGAGGGGUUCAGCCCAGAGCGGCUGGACGCACCACGGAAUGCGGGGAGAUGGAGUCCAAUCCGAAGUUCUCAGCGGCCAGCGCACACAAGCUUCUACAACGUUAACAACAGAAGUAAAGCAACAAAGGCUACCAGGCGAUUCUACUGGACGCGGAACCGCUAGAGCGCAUGAUAAGGACGCCUCCAAACUGCAACUGUUCGUCCCCGCAGAGCUAGUUAAGAGUGCUACUCCGGGUCAGCGCAUGAGGGAACAGCAUUUUGGGUGGCUGCGAGGUUACACAGUACGCAGCUCUUCGGGAAGCACUGAUCUCACUGAUUUCGGUAUCAAGGCUGAAAACCGUGACCGAGUUGCAGAUGGGGCUGAAAACAGAGCAGGAGUAUUCAUUUCCGAUAGCGAUGGCAACGUGGCCGGAGGUGACAAGAAGGCUCACGUCACACAACCCCAGUUGGUCAUCCUCAUUGGCGCUCCGGGAAGUGGAAAAAGCACCCUGACGGAGACAGCGUUCAAGGACUUCGUAUGCAUUCGGCAGGAUGACCUGAAAACUCAAGGAAGGUGUAUCAAGGCGUGUGAAAAGGCUCUCAACGAAAAGCGAAAUGUCGUAAUCGACAUGCAAAACGCCACACGCAAAACGCGCGAGCCGUACAUCAAACUUGGAAAGGCACUGGGAACGCAUCGGAUACGAUGCGUCGUUCUUAAUUGGCCAGAAGAAAUGUGCAAGCAUAUGAACACAUAUCGAGCGUUAGUUGGACGCGAAAGGGCAAAACGGAAACGAAGUGCCCUCUCUGCUGAUCCUGAGGAACAGCGACGCCCCACCAAGCAGCCUAGCACGCGAUUCCGUGAGGAAUCGGUUCCAUCGUUUGUUCUUAAAAAUUUUUACAGACAGGUGGAACUGCCGUCCGUCGAAGCAGAAGGAGUGGACGAUGUUGUUAUCCUCGACGACACAGAGCGGCAUUUCGUGUGCGAAGAUUUCUCUGAUGACGACGAACUAGAAUUGUUCCGUUCUUUUCUCGAUUGA